GACCUGCAGGCGAUGUCGGCGGAGCUGCUGGGCCAGCUCGAGGCCGCCAAGGCAGCGCUCAACGAGAAGAUCUCGGGCGUCGACCGCAGGCUCGCUGACGAGGUCCAGCGGUUUGGCACGUCCGUGAAGACCCUUGAGGCCGUGGCGGCGCGCCUGCAGAGCGCCGACGAGGAGCUCGGCAGAGGCCUCGACGGCGUGGGCAGGGCGGCUCGAGCCACGGAGGCGAGGCUGGACGAGGGCCUCCGGGCGCUGCAGGAGGCGCAGGAGCGGGCGCAGAGUGAGCUGCGCGCCAGGCAGGCGGCCUCCGACGAGGCGCUCGACCGGACGCUGCUCGGCCUGCGGGCCUCGGCGGACUCCGCCCUCGCCGAGGCGGGGAUCCGCUCUGGCAGCGCUCGAAGAGGCGCACGGCCGAGGGCCAGGCCGCACCCCCCGCAGCGCCGCAGCCAGGCGAGGCCGCGCCCGCAGCCAGUGGUGGCAGCGGCAGCGGCGGCAGCCAGGCAGCGGCAGCGGCAGCGCCGCAGGCGCCUGAGGGUGCGGCCGCAGGUGCGGCAAGCGACCUGGGCCGCAGGGACAUCCGGGCGAAGGAGCAGAUAG